CUCCAUGAGGAACAUGAGGAAGUCAAUUGUGAUAGUUGGAGCACUCCUGGUGACCAUCUUCGUGGCCCACCUCCCAGUUGGCCAGGCUGUCACCUGUGCCGAUGCUCCUGACGAUGCCAGCUGCAUCGACUGCACCGCCUCUGCGAAUGCGGACAAUGCCGAGUGUGCCACCACCACCACGGUGGCUCCUGACACAACCACUGCAGCCGGCGAGACUACCACAGCGGCUACUGCCGCCGGAGAAGCCACUACUGCCUCUUCCAACACCGUAUCCUCUGCGUCCGGCAGCAAGAAGAAGAAGACUACAAGGACCUUCAGACGGACGAUCAAAAGGCCCAAGAAGGUCAGGAGGAUUAGGCGCAACAGGAACAGGAGCAACAGGAGUAGGAACAACUCUGGUUAAACAACACUAUUGGAUAUCGCAAACGAUGAUACAACGUGACACGAAAACAAUUACCCUUAUAAUCUUGAACUAAAGAAACAAAUUAAAUUUUAAACUGGG